GGAAGCCGGUGUUGCCGGUAGCGGCCGGGUGUGAGGCGUUGUUCCUUGCUUCCUGGUCCGGUGGCCUCGGCAUGAAGAUCACGAGGCAGAAACACGCCAAGAAGCAUCUUGGCUUCUUCCGCAACAAUUUCGGCGUUCGCGAGCCUUACCAGGUACUGCUGGAUGGCACCUUCUGUCAGGCGGCGCUCCGGGGCCGCAUCCAGCUGCGGGAGCAGCUGCCCCGCUAUCUCAUGGGGGCGACGCAGCUGUGUACCACCAGGUGUGUGUUAAAGGAGUUAGAAACAUUGGGAAAGGACUUAUAUGGAGCAAAAUUGAUUGCACAAAAGUGCCAGGUUCGAAAUUGUCCCCAUUUCAAGAAUGCAGUGAGUGGAUCAGAAUGCCUGCUUUCCAUGGUCGAAGAGGGAAACCCUCAUCAUUAUUUUGUGGCAACACAGGAUCAAAAUUUGUCUGUGAAAGUAAAGAAAAAACCUGGAGUUCCUCUCAUGUUUAUUAUUCAGAACACUAUAGUCUUAGACAAACCUUCUCCGAAAACAAUUGCCUUUGUUAAAGCAGUGGAGGCUGGUCAGCUUGUCUCUGGGCAUGAGAAACAAAGUAUCAAACAGCUCAAAGAAGAACAGGGUUUAGUAAAAAACCCUAAACAGAGAAGAAGAAAGAAGCGCAAAAAAAUCAGUGGUCCCAAUCCUCUUAGCUGUUUGAAAAAAAAGAAAAAAGCACAGGAUACAAAACCAUCUUCUGCAUCUGAGAAAAAAAGAAAAGGAAAAAGAAUCCGGAACAGAUCUGCCUCAAAAGUACUUUCUGAAAAACAGAAUGCAGAAGGAUAAUGACUCCCUUGGACACUUUAGAAGACUUUUAAAUGUGAAAAAAUAAAUUUAAUUGAAAUUGUGGAAGUGCUUACCAUAAAAGACUAAACCAAUUUUUGUAAAUGAGCAUAGACUCACAAGCCUCUGCCUAAAAUUAUUUGUAAAAUAAAAAGAGUGAAUGGGUUUAGGUAUGGUGGUAAGUUUUUUCACUCAGUGGUUUGGGGAGAUUGUUUUUCAAGGUAAAACUAUUACCUCCUCUUCCCUCUCUCCCCACAAAAGUAUUAUAUGCAAACAGUAUUUAAAAAAUCAAAUAGUAAUAAAAGGCUUGUUACCAAAAAAAAGAGGGUAGUCCCUCUUUCACAUUCACACAAGAAACCACUUCCAGCUUUUCUAACUAUUCCAGAAUUUACCUUUAUAGUUCUAAAAAUGGGAAUAUGCUGCUAUCUACUGAUCCAUCCAUCAUCUUUUGACUCCCUACUAGGAGAGGAAAUAUUUGCUUGCUUAUUCUCUUUUUCCUCCCAUUCUCUCAGUACGUUAUUAAUAUUUAAGUCUGUAUAUCCCAAACUCAGUAUUUUCAUAUGACUAAAAGCAUUGUUCACUGCUGAACCAAGUAGCAUGCUACGAUUGAAUUUAUUUCUUAUCCUACUUUUUUUUUUAUUACUCCUGAAGUUAAUAAUAGCCUUAUUUUAAGGAUCAGACUACAGAUCCAAUGACUGUAAAGAAUCUCACGAUAUAAUUUUUCUUAUGGUCAGAGCCAUCAGGUAAUACCAGGUCGUUUUUCCCCAAGGAGAUAAUUCUGGAGCCCUCUGACAUCCUCCAGUGUAAGAAAGGUUUUGUAUCUAAAUUGAAUUGAAUAAUCAAAAUUGUCUUUUCCAGCCCUUCUCCCCUUGUUUUAAUCAUCCAUCAGGCCAAAAUUAAAAUGUUUUUGCACCGUAAGACUGAAAUAUAAAAUUAUUUUAAGUUCUUAACAGGAACAUUUUUAGUAAAAGCUAUUGAAAAAAGUGAACAGUCUAUAGUUCCUAUGAGUGAGGAUAACAUUUAUUAAUGGCAGGUUAGUUACCAGAUCAAAUGUAGACAAAGCAGUAUAGCAGGUGGAAUGUACCCUGAUGGUAUUCGUUUCAACCUGUUAAAAUUGAGUACAUUUCUGGUAUUCUUGUUAACAAAAUAAAGCUUAUUUAUGCUUAUUCAGUGCUAUCUGAUUGCUUACUAAUAGUCUCUGGGCUGGAAACCUGAAAAGUCACCUCAUUUUAGGAUUUAUUUUUAAAUAUUUUAAAUCUUAAAACUUUGAUUUGCCAUUUAUUUUUCGAGUUAGAUUAAAAGAUUUUUAAAGAAAAAAAUCUCCCCAUAUUCUUGUAUAAUCCUCUUGUGAAUAUUACACUUAGACUUCUCCCAAAUCUACCUCAAUCCCAAGUAAUAUUUGCUUUUUUUUUCUCACCAUUCUUGCUUUCUUUUCCAUACAAUCUGGGGUGGUGUGGGUAAUCACUCAUGGGACCUUUUGGUUAGCUGCUGUUAACCACUGUGCCACCAGGGCUCCUUCUUGCAGUAAACUAAGGCUAAUUAACUGUAUACACCACCUCCCACUUAAACCUACAAAUCCUUACAAGACACUCAGGAACAGAUGUCCUUUGUAACCUGGGGACUGCCUGUACUGAGCUUCAAGGAUAGAAUUCUCCUUUCUAUGCGUGAAGUUAAGAGAUUGAAUCAUGUCUCUGCAACUAGGUAAAUGGCUAUGAUUUGACAGGCUUAAUAGUUUUUCAUGAGUGAGUAAAACGAAUUGUUAGAAUUCAAAUUCUUUAAAAUGUUUUAAAAACAUAUCAUUUAAUUGUACCUUAACUUUUCUUUAGUAUUGUUAAUUUGGGCGUAAAUGAAAAAAUGCUGUAAUUUAAGAGAUCGUAACAUCCUUGUAUAUAUGUAUAAAGGAAUGUGUGUGUGUGUGUGAAGAUACAUGUAUUUCCUAAUGGGAAUAAAGUCAGAAGAUUAGGUGCCUGGACUGAGUUUAGGAACUGCUUUCUCAUGAUGUUAGGUCAAUGGUCUCCAAACAUUUAGUCAUACAACCUUACCAGUAAAAAAAAAAAAACAAGUGUGUAUUUGGAAACCCUGGUGGCAUAGUAGUUAAGUGCUUAAGGCUGCUAACCAAAGGGUUGGCAGUUCGAAUCUGCCAGGUGCUCCUUGGAAACUCUGUGGGGCAGUUCUACUUUGUCCUACAGGGUCGCUCUGAGUCGGAAUCGACUCGACGGGUGGGUUUUUUUUAUACUUGUAAUAUAUGUAUAUUUGUAAACUACAUAGAUUUGUUACAUUAUAAAAUAGAGAAAAAAAACAAUUUAAAGGAUAAUAAUCAUUUUAGUAUUUUUGCCAUUAUACCCAGUGCUAUUGUGUCAAUUCCAACUCCUAGCAACCAUAUAGGGCAGAGUAGAACUGCCUCACAGGAUUUCCAAGGAGUAGCUGCUGGAUUCAAACUGCUGACUUUUUGGUUAGCAGCCAAGCUCUUAACCAUUGUGCCACCAGGGCUCCAGUUUUACCAUUAGAUGGCUUCAUUAGGCCAAUUAGUAUUUAAAAGCAUAAGAAGGUUUACCAACAAUAUUGGAUAUGAAAGUACUUCUAGGAGUUUUUGUAAUUAAAUUUUUCCUUUAGAUCUGACUAGAUCAUUGGUUUUUCCUUUAUAGUAUUGGUGAGAAAGUAUAAUAUGUAUACUAGGAGCAGGAUGUAUCAAUAUAUAUUUGCUGAAUGAAUUAAAAUGAGGUCAGACCUGGUGGCUAAAAACCUAACGAGUCACCACAGAGGAGAGUCAUGGCCUUUUGUCCAGUUUCCAGACCUAAACCAGUUUUCAGACCCAGAGCCCCUUAAGGGGAGAUUGGUUUCUCUUGAAGAACUCUGAAGCAUUGCUGCAUGUAUAUACUGUAAAUCUUCCUCAAAGCCUAUGGCAGACGGACCUGUGAGUUCCUAAAUCAGCUGUUUGCAGCUGCUCUUCCAGAUGUAAUAUCUUUGCUGGGACAAAUCAAUACUGCCCCUGUCAUAUGAUAUGCAGCUAGUGACUGGAAAAUAGAAAUACUCAGACCUUCUGGGUAUUUUAGGUACUGGUUCUGAAUUUUUGCUAAUUGCUAAAAAAAAAAAAAUUCCUAGGGACCCAAAAUGCCACUGGUAUACCAGUCAAAGAGGGGCUUUAUAGUGUUCAGGUCAUAAAUCGAGUCUCAGCCCAAGUUUGAAUCACAGUGGACUGAGUAGGUCCAUGAACGCACCCUAUGCUUUUUCCCCAGUUUCAGAAUGUAUAAUUGUUAAAGACAUACUUGGAAACUAAUUGCAUCCCAAUAUUGAUUGGCUGUUUCUAUUUAUAGACAAAGGGUCAUUAGGGUAGGAACGGCCAGGUGGAAGGCACUGGAACAUCUCCCCACCAAAAAAACCGAUUGUGGUCAAGUCGAUUCUGAUGCAUAACAACCCUAUAGAACAGAGUAGAACUGCCACACAGAGUUUCCAUGGAGCGGCUGGUGGAUUCAAACUGCCAACCUUUUUGAUUACCAGCCAUAGCUCUUAACCACUGCACCACCAGGGCUCUCCCGACCAGGGUAGUAAACCCAAAACAAUAGCACAUUAUUAGAGGAAUCGCAGAGAUUACUACCAUCAUCACACACUUGAAUGAUGAAGAAGUGUUGAUUCUUAUUACAUAUCCAC